AUGGCUAGUGCAGUACUGAGACAUGGAGGGAUCUUGGAUUUGAUUGAUGACACUUGCCAAGACAGGCUGCCAUAUAAGGAUGUUGCAAUACCACUGAAUGAGCUUCCUGAACCUGAAGAGUACAAUGGCCUCAUAGAAUCUGUUAAAGAGCAAAAAUUGAAGUGGACUGACUUAGCCUCAUAG